AUGGAGGAGAUGAACCGCACACAAUUCAAUGGCUUCAUCCUGCUGGGUUUGUCAGACAUUGAAGAUAUAAGAAUAUUGCUCUUUGUCUUCUUCCUUUCCAUGUUUCUCCUCACUCUGACAGCAAAUAUGUUAAUUAUCAUGGCAGUGCAGUGUCACGCUCGUCUUCAUACACCCAUGUACUUCUACAUCAAGGUCCUUUCUUUCUUGGAGAUAUGGUACACAUCGUCCACGGCUCCCAAGCAUUUGUCCCUUUUACUUUCCAAAGACAACAGAAUUUCCUAUGGGUGGUGCUUUGCUCAGCUCUAUAUGUUCCAUAGUUUGGGCACGACGGACUGUGCCCUACUGGCUGUAAUGGCCUUUGAUCGCUGCAUGGCGAUAUGUAACCCUCUGAGAUACACCACUAUCAUGAAUGACAGAAUGUGUAGAUGUCUGGCCACUCUCAGCUGGGCUUUUGGCUUUCUGACUAUAAGCAUUCCGUUGGCAAUGACUAUAAAUGUUCCUCUGUGCCGAGCUCAUAUUAUAGAUCAUUACUUCUGUGACCUAGCACCUUUACUGGCCUUGGCUUGCACAGACAUUUCAUUCACCAUUGCCAUUAACAGUUCUGUCAUAGGUUUUGCCAUCAUGUUUAAUUUCAUAUUUAUCCUAAUCAUGUAUAUAAAUAUUAUAUGGGCUAUUAUGAAGCUGCAGACCAACGCAGGGAGAAUGAAGGCCUUCUCCACUUGUUCUUCUCAUCUGAUCAUCGUGGCAAUUAUUUACGGCUCUGCUUUUAGUGUUUACGGCAGCCCGAAGGGACCCCAGACUGCCAACUAUGAAAAGCUAUUUUCCCUGGUUUAUACCGUAUUCACCCCUUUCCUGAACCCUAUCAUUUUUAGUUUACGGAACAAUGAAAUGAAGAUAGCUUUAAGUGGAAUCUUUCAAGGAAAAUGGCACAUUCUCAUGUUGAAAUGA